AUGAAGGAAAAGGCUUCUUCUGUUUUACAGCCAUCGUGCAUUUCGCAGCUUGCCGUUCUGGGAGAGUCUUCUGCCGCUUUGGGGGUAUCCUUUUGUGUGUUGCUUUGUGCAAUUUUCUUCACCGUUUGGCUCGAUCUGACAGCAAAGCCGGUAGAUCCAUACACAACACUUGGUCCCGUACCGGAGAUUGGCCCUCCAUUGACAUAUACCGUGCAUCCUCAUCAGCAGCCGUAUAUCACGGCUGAGAUGCGGAAUGCUUUCAAGAAGGAUGGAGUUAUUGCAAUUCGCGGUCUUAUCGAUGAAAAACUACUCCGCCGACUGGAUUUGGAAAGCGCCCAGAUCGUCAACAAGGAAAAAAGGAAUCGAGAAGGAAAACGGAUACGACCAGGUAAUCAGUUCUACGCAAUCAAGCAUGGUGCCCUGUUUCACGAUGCAAGGACAUCACAUACAGAAACCAAUGAAUUCACAACAUCAUCAUUCUUUGAUGUAGCGAUUGCAUCUGGAGUAUCUCAAGUUGCCGCGGAGCUACUUUUUCUUGUAAAAAAAUGUGAGUCGGGAACGCGGUCCUCCCAAGAAGGAAAAACGAGUAAACCGUGUUUGCGAGUUUUACGGGAUAUUUUCCUGUCGAAAGACUUCGAUCCAUACACCUGUGGAUGGCACGUUGACGAUCUCGGAUUCUGGCCGGCGACUCCCGAAGCGCUAGGAAUAAAUGCAUGGAUUGCACUUGAUGAUAUGCCUUUGGAAGGAGGUGGCGGUUUUGCUUUAGCCGUCAGUUCGCACAAGGCAACAUGGAGAGAAGAGGCUUAUUUUGUAACAGGCGCGAGUACUUCGUUUCCUCGUGAUGGCUACACAUCAGCAGUCGACCUCUUUGAGCGCCGAACUGGAUCUGCUUUUGAUCGAAAACCCAAAAAUGCAAAUUUCAGCCAUGUUUAUCGGCGCUACAGUAUUCGCUAUAAUCUCGGUUCGGCAGUGAUUCCACCGGGCUAUGGGAUAGAACCUAGUGUUCUCUGGGACGAAAGCAAUGGCGGUCGCACAGCUGACGAAGUCUGCCGACGAGACGGACCUUGGUAUCCGCAAGCGUGGCCAGAAAUGCUGGCAUCCGAACGGGAAGAGCUGGCCAGUUUUGUGACCGACAAGCUCGCCAUAGCAAACAAACGUAGACCAGCCCGCAAACAAGAAAUGCGCCCUUUCCUGAAACGCUUCGCAAGAGAACAACAAGUCUUAAACGACCCUUAA